CACAUUGUGUUUGGUUUAGGCCUUAAUUAGUGUCACAAUCCCACAAUGACAUUCAGCGUAUCUACCCCACUCUAUUUGCCUUUAUGCCAACUUUUUCUUCUCCUGUGGCCCCAACCCCCUCUCCACCAAUUCCAAAUACCCCUCUCUAUUUAUUAUCCUACAAACAAAGAGUGCCAAAACAGUCACCGGUAGAGUUAUCUAAUGUCUCAUCCCCACACUAGAGAGAACUAGAAACCAUAAACCAUUCAAUACCUUCACAAACACAAAGAAACACACACACAUAGUGAGAGAGAGAGGAUGGGGAAUCACAGGUUUAAGUUAUCAGAUAUGAUUCCAAAUGCUUGGUUUUACAAGCUGAGGGACAUGAGGGACAUGGGUAGAGGAAGAGAUUCAAGAAAGCAUAGCACCACGCCCUCUAGGAAAAAGAAGCAAACUUCACCCCCUUCAACCACACAUUCAUCAAAACCAAACCAACCCCACCAACAAUACAACAACAAUAUCUCUAGAAAGUCCUAUUACUUCACAAGAGACCUCAAAACCUCACCCUCAAACACCCCAAAAAUCAUUUCUUCUCCUAGAAAAUCAACCAAACUAAGAACCAAAAGAAGAACACCGAGAACCCCAAAACUUGUCUCCUCAGGUUGUAGCUGCCGCACCACCCUUGAAUCAGUGUGGACCAAAUCAGAUUCACAUUCACCACAAGAACACUCUUCCUCAUCCCCAUUUGACACCUCUCCCGAGUCACAAUCCCCAGAAAUCAGAACAGACCGUAUUCUUCUUCCAUGUUCUUCAUCAUUCGAUGAAAUGGUGUCCUUGUCCACCACCUCUUGUGCCUCUUGCAGGCUUAACACAAACAUAAACACCACCACCAACAACGACACCAUCAUAGACGUGGACAAAAACUUCAUAGCAAGAAAAGAUAACAAGCUUGAUGGCUACUACAAUUACAACACCAACAACAAUGGCUAUGAUGACACCUUCUCAGAACUUGAGCUUCCUCCAAUCAUAACCAAGCCAUCCAAGUUGCUAAAGAAGAGAGAACUCAAACAAGGGUCCUUGAAGGUGAGAAUUGUGAAGGAACAAGACUCUGAAAUGAAGGAACAGAGGAAUAGUGGUUCUUUGAAGAGGCUAUCUCUGAGUUCUCCCGGGGGGAGGUUGAGGAUCCACUCGCCGAGAAUUGCUGGCCGGAGGGGCCGGAAAAGCGUGUCGUCGACAGCGAGUUCUGGCUCCCGGAGAAGCCUCUCCGAUAGCUUUGCGGUUGUGAAGUCAUCCUUUAACCCACAGAAGGAUUUCAUGGAGUCCAUGAUGGAGAUGAUUGUGGAGAACAACAUAAGGGCAUCCAAGGACUUGGAAGAUCUACUUGCUUGCUACCUUUCUCUUAAUUCAGAUGAGUAUCAUGACCUCAUCAUCAAGGUGUUCAAGCAAAUUUGGUUUGAUUUGACUCAACCAAGGUAGUAAUAAAUUCUAAAGAUUUUAAGUUACACUAUGUCUGUUCAAAUUGCAAUCGCGGUUGCAGUUUUGUCAGAGUCAUUGAUAUGGUGAGAAAUUGCAGAUAAAUUAAGUCAUCAUAAAAUAAUCAAAAGUCCAAAAACCUUGAUGCUACCAAAAAUCACUGCCACAUACCGUUUAUUAAAAAGAUAGCUGAAGUAACAAAAUGUAAAGUUUGAGAGUGUGUGAUAGGAUAAGGGUGAAGGUUGAAUCACGUUGGACUAUCAAGUAGCAAGGUUUGAUAACAAUUUAUAGUAGGCAGGUGAAUUUGAAAGAGGAUAAGUUGCGCAAUGGUGGUGUGUGUGUGUUUUUUAUCCAUUCCAGACAUGUUCUGUGGCGGAUAGGAACAAGUUCACAAGAGACAUGAACAGCGUAUGAACAGUGUUUUUCCUUUUUCUC